CAGGCACGCGCCAUCCCAGAGCCCCUACCGCCCCCACCGCCCGCCGCUUGCCGCUCCAUUGUCGCGACUCCACGGACUUUUUCCCGUCCUCCACGAUGACGCCAUUUCUGUCAGAAGAAAACUCACAACAAGCCCAGAGUCCGGCGCGGCCUGGAGUGCAGCUGCAGCCGUCCAAGCCCACGGAACCGCGAUGCCCGGAGCUCCGGAACUGAGCCCUGAGUGAACCGGCCGGCCCUUAGGCUGCGACGGCUCGGCCCCACACAGCCCGUCCGCGUCCCGCUCAAGCCCAGGCCCACAAGUGGGAGCCGGGGCCGGGCACCGAGGACAUCCAGCUCUCAGUCCCACGGGCCGAGGCCGCAGGGCUCACGGUGCGGCCCGGGAAGGGCGGCUCCGGCUACGCGCCGCGGGGGGCGGGGGUCCCGGGAGGCCGAGGCCCCGCUGCGAGCGCCGACUCAGCCCCGUAGCCAUCUGCCCCGCUGCGCGGCCCGGCCCGGAGCUUCCCCCACGAACAAGAAUGCCCCUACCUCCGGCGUAGACGAGGUCUGAGCCCUGCGGCCAGAGUCCCCUGCUCCGCCUCCCCCCCAACACCAGCAGGCCCGGGGGAGAGAUGGCGAAGAAGCUGCGGGUCCGCCGGCGGCCGGGGCUCCAGCUCCUCCUCCUCCCGUGGCGGCGACUGGUACCUUUGUUUGGCGGCCGCUCCGGCUCCCUCGCGGGGGGAGGGGGGCGACGAAAAAUCCCUCCCAGACGGAGGUCCGGGCCCCGGUCUCGAAGCCCUCCCGAGGACCGCGGCGGCCGAUCUUCUGCGGCUCCCUCCGGGCAGACGUCCAGGCGGUGGCCGUCGCGGCGGCAAGCUGUAGCUCGAGACUCUCCCUCCGCUCCGGCGCCCGUGCUCCUCACUCCGGACUCGACUGACGGGCAAACAUCGCUUCCCCCCACCCCGGCCCCCCCUUCCCCUUCUCCCCUCCCCUCGGUUCUUUUCCCCUCCCCUACCUCUUUCCCGGAUGCCUUUCAGACGAUCUAGGAUUGGCUAGGAUUCUUUGGAGCCCGCCUCUUCCCAGUUUUUAUUGGUUUGAACGAUGCAAACAACGACGCCAUUUUCCCACCAGUUCUAUGGAAACAGAAAGUUAUGCCUCAGUGUUUCCUGGGAUUUGUAGUCCACUCCUCCGGGCCAAUUGGCAAACUCUCGGACAUAAGAACUACCAAGACCGCAAUGCCUCUUGCCUGCGUUCGACGGGAGCGGGGAGGGGGGAAGGGGGCGCGGCCAUAACGCAGAGGGGAGGUGGCAUACGACGCCUGCGCAGUGUGCCAGGGAUGGCGUAUUUUCUUGCACCCAGUAAUGCGGCGUCGCUGGCCGCUGAGGAGGGCGGAGAUUUCUGUGGUGAAGUAGGGGGAGGGCUCCAAGGAGGCCUCGGGAAGAGCCGAGGUCUGAACUAUAAAGUGAGAAAUUGAUGUGGGUACUGCUAGUCUCCGACCGGCGGCUUGAAGUCUGAGAUCAUCGUGGAACCGUCAGCUUUGAAAUUUAUAAAACAUGGAGAAGACUCAAGAGAAAGCUGAAAGAAUUCUUCUAGAGCCCUAUAGGUACUUACUUCAAUUACCAGGUAAACAGGUGAGAACCAAACUUUCACAGGCAUUUAAUCACUGGCUGAAAGUUCCAGAAGACAAACUACAGAUUAUCAUUGAAGUAACUGAAAUGUUGCACAACGCCAGCCUACUCAUUGAUGAUAUUGAAGACAAUUCAAAGCUCCGACGUGGUUUUCCAGUGGCGCAUAGCAUCUAUGGAAUCCCAUCUGUCAUCAAUUCUGCCAAUUAUGUCUAUUUCCUUGGCCUGGAGAAAGUCUUAACACUUGAUCACCCAGAUGCUGUAAAGCUUUUCACACGCCAACUUUUGGAACUCCAUCAGGGACAAGGCCUAGAUAUUUACUGGAGGGACACCUACACCUGUCCCACUGAGGAAGAAUACAAAGCCAUGGUGCUGCAGAAGACAGGUGGAUUGUUUGGACUAGCAGUGGGUCUCAUGCAGUUGUUCUCUGAUUACAAAGAAGAUUUAAAGCCACUGCUUGAUACACUUGGGCUCUUCUUCCAGAUUAGAGAUGAUUAUGCCAAUUUACACUCCAAAGAAUACAGUGAAAACAAAAGUUUCUGUGAAGACCUGACAGAAGGGAAGUUCUCAUUCCCCACUAUUCAUGCCAUCUGGUCAAGGCCAGAAAGCACCCAGGUACAGAAUAUCCUGCGCCAAAGAACAGAAAAUAUAGAUAUUAAAAAAUACUGUGUGCAGUACCUGGAAGAUGUAGGUUCUUUUGAAUAUACUCGAUACACUCUGAGAGAGCUUGAAGCUAAAGCCUACAAACAAAUUGAGGCCUGUGGUGGGAACCCUGCUCUAGUGGCUUUAAUGAAGCAUUUAAGUAAGAUGUUCACAGAAGAAAAUGAAUAAUAUUUGCCGAUUUUGGUUAGACUCAAUAGCUUCUUUUAGUUGAAAAUGCGGAGUGGCUUCCUGUUUCUCUUUUCAAGUACUAGUCUCCUGAGUAAAUGAGGAUGAUGUGGGUGAAAGUGUUUCAUUGUCAGAAUCCCUUUGCAUAAAAAUACAAACUUGAGGGCUAGAGUGAUGGCUCAGUGGUUAAGAGGCUUGCAGAGAACCCAGGUUCAAUUCCCAGUGCCCAUAUAGAAGUUCACCACCAUCUAUAACUCCAGUUCCAAUGAUCUGAUGGCCUCUUCUGACCUUUGUAGGCAGCAGGCAUGCACGUAAUACACUGACACACACGUAGGCAAAACACUCAUACAAAUAAGAUAGAUUUUUUUUAAUUUUUUAAAAACAAAGUUGAAAGUACCAGGAGCCACAAACACGGGUCUUAGAAAUGUUAGACGCUAAAUGUGACCAACUCCCUACUACCACACAUGUUCUGGAUUUAUGAAUAAAAAAGACAUCUUCCGAGAAA